GGCACGUUUGUACCGCAAAGUGUCUGUUAAAAGUGAGUCAGUUUAGUGCAUCGAGUUACCCAGUGAUUGAGCCGGAAGCUCCCUAGGCCCCCACAAAUCUAACAGUCGUGACAACUUCCAUGUGAGGAAUCAACCAUUGAAGAUUUCCAAACAGACACGAUUGGCUAGAAACCAGAAGAGCCAUGACGAACGACAGCAACGGCACCACCGUCACCACGGGUAAAUCGGCCAAAAUGGACUCCCGGAUCGGGCUGGAGUACAUCGUGGAGAACAGCGACUACGUCAACAAGCUGGGUCUCGCCCUGGACACGAGCAACGCGACCGUCAAGAAGCAAGUGUUUGAACUGCUGUCCGCACUCUGCGCCUACAGCUCCAACGGGUACAAACGGGCCAUCGAAACGCUCGAGUACUACAAGAACAUCAAAGGCGAACGGUACAGGCUCAACCUGGUCAUCGUGGAGCUGGACAAAGCCCCCUCCGUGGAGUACCAGAUCGCGCUGCUGGCGUUUAUCAACUGUGUGAUAAUAUCGGCGGCCACACUGCAGGAUCGGAUACGAAUGCGAAAUGAGUUUAUAGGUUUAAAUUUACUGCCAGUAUUAAACAAUCUCAGGCGAAUCGCCAGUAACGUGCCGGACAUCGGAGUGCAAAUUGACGUGUUUGACGAGCAGCGAGAAUGCGACGAAUCGCAGAGCCUGCAAGGGCCGGACGGAAUAAAUUUAAACUCACAUCUUGAUGUCUUCUACGCGAUUCUGCGACAGGUCGCCGGCACUCCGCAGGAGAUUCCCUUUCUCAGCAUCCUGCAGCAUCUGCUCCAGAUCGAUCCGAAGGAACCGAUCAGCGACAUCGUGUGGGACACGGCCGAAACGCUAGUGCACCGCGCAACCCUGCUCGAGGAUAAGGAAGCGUCCGUGCGGCUGCUCCGUUCGCCCAGCAUACAAAAGUUUGCCUGUCCGCACUGUCGGAGCGACAUCACCAGCCCAACCCGGAGGCAGUCCGUUGGUGCGCCCCUCACCCCCGGACCGGCCGCCACCGGCAGUAGUCACACGACGGCGACGACGAUUCCGGCAGCACCAGCACCACCUCCGCCGCCUCCACCACCCAACUUGGCACCGCCUCCCCCACCACCACCACCCUGUGCACCCCCACCCCCACCCCCACUCAUGGCUGGUGGCCCGGCAGCCUCCCGCGGCGGAGGGCCACCCGUUCCACCCGCACCCCCCGCCCCAAACCUCCUCUCCGUCAAGGCCAAUGAACUCGCCCGGCCAAAAACACCCGAAGCGCCGAUCGAAGUCAUCAAACCGCUGCCCCAGCAAGAGACCCCAGUCCCCCGAGCCAAAAUGAAGACCAUCAACUGGAACAAAAUCCCGCACCAAAAAGUCUUCGGCAAGCCCAACAUCUGGUCCAUCGUGGCCGACUCCCACCAGGACAGCCCGAUGGCCGACCUCAACUGGGACGAAAUGGAGGGCCUGUUCUGCCUGCAGCAAACCCAAGGUUCCCCCAAACUCGGCCGGGAAAACAGCGGCUCCGACAACACGCUCGAACGAAAAUCACGCAAAGAUAACGAAAUCACCCUGCUCGACGGUAAGCGCAGCCUCAACGUCAACAUCUUCCUGAAGCAGUUCCGCACCUCGAACGACGACAUCAUCCAGCUGAUCCGGAACGGCGAACACGAGGACAUUGGCGCCGAGAAGCUGCGCGGCCUGCUCAAGAUCCUUCCCGAGGUCGACGAACUGGAGAUGCUCAAAGCGUUUGACGGCGACAAUAAUAGACUAGGAAACGCGGAAAAGUUUCUGCUGCAAUUGAUACAAGUGCCUAACUACAAGUUACGAAUCGAAGGAAUGCUACUGAAGGAAGAAUUUAAAGCAAAUUUAAUAUACUUGGAGCCAAACAUCAACGCAAUGCUGUACGCGGGUGAAGAUCUGAUCAACAACAAAGCGCUGCAGGAGGUGCUGUACAUGGUGGUGGUCGCCGGCAAUUUCCUCAACUCGGGUGGCUACGCCGGGAACGCGGCGGGCGUGAAGCUGUCCUCGCUGCAGAAGCUCACCGACAUCCGGGCGAACAAGCCGGGCAUGAACCUGAUCCACUUUGUGGCGCUGCAGGCCGAGAAGAAGAACUGCGAGCUGCUCGAGUUCCCCGGCCAGAUGUCGACGCUGGAGAAUGCCGCCAAAACGACGGUGGAGCAAAUCAGCAACGAAAUCAACGCCAUCGACACGCGAAUCAAGAAGAUUAAGCGCCAGAUUGAGUUACCCAAGACCGAAGAGGACAUCAAGUACCAGAUGGUGGACUUUAUCAACGCCUCCGAGCGGGACAUCGUGAUGCUGCAGAGGGGACUGAAGGAGCUGGAAGCGAUGCGACUUCAGCUGGCGGACUUUUUUUGCGAAGACGUGGGGAGCUUCAAGAUGGAGGAGUGCUUCAAGAUAUUCCACAACUUUUGCGAAAAGUUCCAGCAAGCGGUCAAGGACAACGAGAAGCGUCGGGUGCAGGAGGAACAGGCGUUGGUGCGGCGGAAGCAGCGUGAGGAGCAGCUGGCACUGAAGCGGAGGCAAUCGAAUCAACAACCCGGAACUCCGGUGUCGGACUCGGAAAACAGUCUACUCCUGCUGGAUCCCUCCCAGUACGACAUGCGGUACAGUCCGGCCAUGUCCCGGCGGCGGAUAGGAUCGUUCACGAGCAACGGAGAGCCGGUCAUGCUGCGGGAAGACUGUGCCUCCCCGGACAUCACUCCGAACGGAAGUCUGCGCCGGCGGCGAAGUCGGGUGCUGUCCGAGGAGGACGAAGGUAAUCUCAUGGACUUUCUGCGCUCGUCCGGCCACGAAAACGGAAGCCGCGAGCGCAAGUCCGUAUCGUCGUACGGGGGCAGCCUGGACCGAUCGUGGGCUCGUCGAGCGCGCUCGGGCAGCGGUAGCAAGAAGCGUCCGGAUCUACUGAACGUAGACUUUGGAACGGACCGGGAGCGGCCCAGUUCGCCGUCGCCGUUGGCCGAAUCGAAGCCACUGCCGGUGGAAGAAAACAAACCGAGAAUUUCCAGGGAAUGGCGCCAAAAGAUCGAGUCGUGGCUUCAGGCGAACGAGGCGGACGAGAAGCAGAACGACGACUUCAAGAAGAAGCGAAAGCUGCUCUCGGCAAACCGACGAUCGUACGAGACUGACAACGAGAGCGAUCGCGGCGGUAGCAAGCUGGACCCGCUGCCGGAGGAGAAACCACCCGCGAUGACCUCACCCGAGCAACAGCCCGCGUCCGGACUGGCUACGACGAGCUACAAGCGUGUCUACCAAGACUGGAAGCCGUCCAGUGCACUCGAGAAGACUGAUGUAGUGGGCACGAUGGAAGCUAUUGCAGAUGCCGUCCCAACCUCCCCGGACAAGUCCGCGUGGCGCAAGUCUAGUCUCAACAGCCAGGAAGAUCUGGACGCGCGCCGUUACCGAAGGCAGCGAUCGCGGGAGAACACCGCGCCCAGCUCGAACCUGCAGUCGAUCCUGGAGGAGGACAAACGCAAGUCCGUAAUCCAAGCUCUAGGCGAACGACCUCCGUCCGAUCGGCUCCAGAUCUACAUCCGCCGCGGCUCGGACAACGGAUCCCAACCGGAGAGCACAGUCACCUCACCAAAGCAGCCAACCAGCGGCGAAGAGAACAAACAGUCCAUCUACAUCCGCCAGACCGGCAACGAUCACCAACAAGCCACCAAGCCAAAGUCCAGCUCAGCGCAACCGGCUGAGAAGCAAUCCUCGAUCUACAUCCGACCAACUAGCGAUAAUACUCCGUCCACGACCAUCUCCUCGGUCAACUCAUCCUGCACCAGCACCAGCAGCAACAACCAACUGCCGGAAAGCGCGGGAGGAGUGGUGGCUCCACCUCCCCGAAGAGCACGCCGUACGCACCACAUCUACGACGAAAAGACCAACAACAAGAUCGAGAUCGAUUCCGACAACAUCGAAACGCCACCCUCGAUACGAAAGAGCUUCAGCCGCGAUCGCGAUCAAACCGUAAGUUCGGCCAACUCCUGUCGCAAGAUUCACGACACCAAGAGCUCGGAAUCCGAUGCCAAGACUGCUGGGCAACCAAGUGGCCAAACCGAGCAGGAAGUGCUCGGCGACGGCCAGUUCGAUCGGUUCUCGUUGACACGCCGAACGCGACGCUUCAAACGACCCGUCGAUAUGAGCAGCGGAAACGAGACUACCUCACCGGAAUCCCUGCCGGACAAUCCACUGCUCGCGUCGUCCUCGGAUGUGCCAACCGUACGAAGUCCCGUCGUGGCGGCCGUCGCGGAGAUUGAAUCUACCGAGAAGCAAAAGGAGCUCAGACUGAAGCGUUGGCAGGACAAGCUGAACAAUCCCAGUGUGAGUGACGAUCGAGGAAAGGGAUCGGAAGCGUUGGCUCGAGCGGCUCGGACCGGCAGAAACUUGAGUCGAAUUAGCCAGGAAGAUGUGAGGAAAGCGAUCCGAAGUUUAAAGUCGCCGACGCCCGAGCGAAGCUGGAGUCCGCCGAAGGAGAUUGGCACCGUGAAGCUGAUCACGCACGAGCUCAACGACGAAGGGUUCGAAGAAACGCAAAGCCUCGUUUCGGACACUCCGUCCCACGGGAAGGACAGUACGUCGUCGUGCAACGAUUACGGCUCGGACUCGAAGAACAACACCAAUACCAAAAAGGUCGUCAAAUCCGUCGAGAGUAGCCCGAAGAGGCAACUUCCGGUUCGGGGUGGUUCGACCCUUCCGAGCAUCCUCAUCACCAAGAACCAAUCCGCAUUGGAGCGCAGCAAAUCGCUGAGGGGAACUCCGCCCUCUCUAGUCAACAAGAAUCUGUUACCACGUCGAACGAGUUCGAUGCGAAAGUCCGAAUCGCCGCUGGCCGGCGGCACGAGCUCACCGGCUGCCAAGCUACAGCACCAGCUGGACGUCGAGCGAAGCAACUCGCGCACAUCGCUCCGAUCGUCCCGUUCAUCCCUCAGCAGUGCCGUUUCGACCAACACCGUCAAAAAGGUGCCAUUACGUCCAAAGUCAUCCCCGCUGACCACCGGCACUUCCGGUAGCACCCUCUCCGCCCUGCCCACGUCCUCCCUGUCCCUGCACAGUUCCCCCACAAAGAGGCCACUCAGCGCCAACAGCACGCGAACCCCGCUCUCCUCCGGAACACCGGCCAGCCGAAGCAGCUCCAGCGGGUCGAGCAUAGGCCCGAGCGCGGUAAUCGCUGCCGCCAAGAAGCCCCCGCUCAAAACCGCCAUCGGACCGAGCACUAGCUUUAAAGAAAACCAAAAUCAAAACACCGUUCGCAGCCGGCUGCAGAGCAAAACGCCCAGUAACACUAGCAUAGCCAACUCCGGCGGCGGAGCGUCCUCGACGUCGAGUGGGUCCACCACGAGAACGAGCUUGACGUCCCGGACGGCUCCGGCGACGAAUGCCACGUCGCGAACCGGUGGCUUUAUGCGACCCACGACUUCCAGUGCCACGAAAGUUAAAGGAAAGUGAGGAAUUUUCACAGCAGCCAUAUUUGUUUUACGUUUUCCGAGCAGUUUUCUAGGAAAUUUUCCAUCUUUUUGUACUUUAUCACGUAUUUAUUUCAUCCAAAAAGCUAUUGGCCUAUGCACGAAGUGAUUUGUUUACUUUUUUUGACUCUCCCCGCAAACGUCAAACCAUACAAAACUGUUGCCGGAUCUUUUUCCGGAUCUCUUCCGGAAGAUCCGGCAGCAAUUUGUAUGGAUUUGACCUAAGAGCAUUUUUCUUGCUCAUGCUAUGAUGUCGCUGGUUCAAAAUCUGGCUCCGCAUCGGUUAGUCGAUUGACUACUCUUGCUCGUUUGAUGAGGUUGCCGAAAAAUGUGGUGGUAUUGCUUACCUACGUCAGUAUUUAAACGAGUCUUUGCGUCGCAACUUGGUCGGCGGUGAAAUUAUGACGGCGGAAUUAGUGGACUGUAAUCACUGUCUUUUGGGGACGAUUCCAGCAACACAAAAAUCACGUUCAAUUUUCACUUAUUUUAAAUUCUAGCACAAAUGAACAAAAACUUCCGCACUGCACGCGGUCCGCGAAACGAAAGCGAAAAAUUUUGACAGUUCGACCUUUUGUGUUUUUUUUGUCAGGUUGGUAGCGCAGCGUGCACGCUGCAUGCAACUUGCCAACUUUUGGGUCAAAAUUAAACUUUCUCGUUCUCAGGUCAAAAUGAAGACGCGUUAAAGUGUUUAAAAAGAUGGAAAAAUUUCUUAAAUGAAAAACUGCUCUUUUCUCAACAAUUUCUCCAGCGAAAAAACUACAAAAUUUCAUCCCGCACAGUGCCGGACCGGCCUGCAUUCAGAAGCAAUAUCUCCGUCCAUUUAAUUUGUACUGACCCCUUUCUUAGCUCUUUAUACUCAAUUCUAACCAGUUUACACACGACACAAAAGGAAAUAAAGGUCCGGCCUCGUUUACAAAGCGGCUUAAACUAAUCAAAUAGUAAAACGAAGAAGAAAAAAAAGUUUCGACGCGCAUAUUUUUCGAAUAAUUUACAAGAAAUCAAACUCGCUCGCAAAGCACAAGCAUCUUCGGAGAAGGAAACAAACAAACAAAAAACUGUAAGCGAAAUGUUAGAAUAUUUAUAUAUUUGGUAUAUUAAGCUGUUGUUUAGAGCUCAGUAAAAAAACGAGUGCGCGCAUGUUAGUGACAUCUGAAACAGUAUUUAACUUAUAUUUGAAUCGCAUCGUUACAAGUCAGCCGUUUAAUCGAAAUAUCUUGAAUAAGAAAACUCACGUUAGCUUUCGUAAGCAAAAUAUACAGUUGACUUAAAGCGCAAACGUGUAUGCUAAACAAUAAUUAAAACCACUACACAACACACACACAACUAUUUAACGUUAGAAACUCAAAGUAUUUAUUUACAAAAAAAACAAGCGCUUUUACAUUCACGAAAUGUUCGGUUACGUGAAGCGGGAAAGUUGCACACGCGUGUUGGUAGAAAAUGGCGCGAGCGCACAAAAAGAAAAGUUAAGAAACCAAGGCUCGUCAAUGUGACUAAACACACAAGUUAGUUUGUAUAUCUAAUAAGUUGAAGCUAAAAAGCGGUGCAAUCGUUUGAAACAUCUCCUUUAACUCUCUAUCUCUCUAUUAUUAUGCUUUAUUGGAUGUCCUUCUAGUAUAAUCGGAAAACAAGAGCAGACAAAAAAAAAAGUUCGUUACAAAGAAGACUCGCGAGGAGCAGCAGUAUAUCGUAUAUAUAUUAAAUUAUUUAGAAUCGAAAGUAACUCUAAUGCUAAGCAAUUGUUCGAUGGUACUACCGGAAGCAAAAGAAGAAGAAGAAAACAAACGUAACGUGUAACGUUCAUAAAUAGCUGUUAGAAACAGUUGAAACUUCCCCCCCAUUCACACAACCAAGUAGAUAGUUUACGACUAAAAAUAAGCGAAAUCUAAAACCAGCCAGACAGACAUCUACACAAAAUGCGUAUCGAUCCCCAAGUUAUGAUAAAUGCCUAGAAUAGACUAACUCAUUCCUUCCAAACUAACGACAAACGUCAUGUAAAUUGUUUUUUUUUUUUCUAUAGAAUAUAAAAUGUAUCUGGUUUCGGAAAAAGCGACAUUUAAAUUAAAAAAAAAAACAUUUUUGGGUAUAAAGUAAACAAAAAAAAACAUUCGGAAAUAAAACCUUUUGGCGGAAAAUAAUCUAAAUUUAAAUCGAACUGAACAAAUCGAUAUUAGUUAUUGAGAUAUACUAACUCACAAACAAAUACUACUAACAGUAUAGUCGAGAAGGGAUCGAGGGUGUGAACGGUCCGGAGUGGUGCGGAA